AUGAUAUUCCUUAUCAAUGGAACUUAUGAGCUUUGGGUGGCGAUUCCAAUCCUAAACAAAUCUCUCUACACUUCUUGGAAAUAUCCAUAUGUCUUGACUCUUGACACCUCCAUAUUUAUAAUCACUAUUCUCCUUGUCAUGCGUGCUGUCUCAAUCAUUCGAACAUCAAAAUCCUUCCAUAUAAAUCUCCGAAUAAUCCUAAUUUUCCAACUCUGUCAAUGGGUUCAAAUCUUGCUCGCCCGCUACUUCCUAUUCCCAUAUCUCGUUGGAUAUCGAUUUCUUGGAGAUCACCGUAAACUUUAUCAUCAUUUUUGGACAGAUAGUCUAGAGGAAACUGUUCCCAUUCCAUGUGUUAUUGAGGAAUGGCCAUUGUUCUUUGGUGGAUUUUUGUAUACUCAUCAUUUUGCCUCGUGCAUAUUUUUCCUGUUCUCGGUGUCUGCUGAAAGGGCAAUAGCGUCAUUUUAUUUGAGCGACUACGAGAAAAACACGCGUCCCUACAUCUCCUUCAUUAUAAUCUUCGUUUCAAUGAUCUUCUCUUCCAUCUACUCGUUGAUCUUUGCAUUCAACUUCUUCACAUUUCUAGUAACCUCUUUUUUGAUUGCUCUUGUUACAAUUGCAUCAAUCAGUUUGUACGUUUUCGUCUAUUAUUAUAACACAAGAGUCAAAAAAGUGACAUGUAACAAAAAUGGAAAGUACACAUUAACCAGAAGGUUUCAGACGAUGGAAAACUUGAAAUCGUUGAAGAUGGCAAAAUACGUGGUCACAACACAUGCAAUCUAUGUAGCUCUUUGUGAAAUUUGUCUGCUUUGUGUCUAUUUUGGAGUGGAAUCCAGGUACUGGGAAAUCUUCAUCUAUAUCAUGGACUCCGUUGUUUUUUAG